CCUAUUUGAAGGCAUGCUUCGAGAUAUAUCUCUCAAAGGCGUAGCUUGGAAGCUUGUGAAAUCGAAUCGGAGAAAAGAUGGCCGAGGAACACAAACACGACGAAUCUGUGACGGCUCCGGAGCCAGCUGUGGAGAUUGUGGAGAGGGAAUCGUUGAUGGAUAAGAUAUCGGAGAAGAUCCACCACGGCGGUGAUUCUUCAUCGUCGUCUUCGUCGUCUGAUGAGGAGGAGGACAAGGAGAAGAAGACGAAGAAGCCGGAGUCUCCGUCGUCUAUGAAAUCGAAAGUCUACCGCUUGUUCGGAAGGGAGAAGCCUGUGCACAAGGUUCUCGGCGGUGGAAAGCCGGCGGAUAUAUUCAUGUGGAAGGAUAAGAAGAUGUCUGGUGGUGUGCUUGGCGGUGCUACGGCCGCGUGGGUUCUGUUUGAGUUGAUGGAGUACCAUCUUCUCACUCUGCUGUGCCACGUGAUGAUUGUUGUGCUCGCUGUGUUGUUUCUCUGGUCUAAUGCCACCAUGUUCAUUAACAAGUCACCACCAAAGAUUCCUGAGGUUCAUAUCCCUGAGGAGCCUAUCCUUCAGCUUGCAUCUGGACUCAGAAUCGAGAUCAACCGUGGCCUCUCCUCUCUUCGUGAGAUUGCAUCUGGAAGGGAUCUCAAGAAAUUUCUCUGUGCUAUAGUCGGCUUGUGGGUUCUAUCAAUCAUGGGUGGCUGGUUCAAUUUCUUGACGUUGGCAUACAUAGCUCUUGUGCUGCUCUUCACGGUUCCUCUUGUAUACGACAAGUACGAAGACAAGGUCGACCCAUUAGGUGAGAAAGCAAUGAUCGAGAUCAAGAAGCAGUACGCAGUGUUGGACGAGAAGGUGUUGAGCAAGAUCCCAAUGGGCCCAUUGAAGAACAAGAAGAAAGACUAGGUUUACAAAAUGGUGAGUGAUUACGUCAGAUAGCAAGAAAAUGGUGUUGUGAAAUGGUGUUUGAAGCUUUAUGUUAGAUCUUUUAAUAUGUUAUGUGAAUGAACGUGGAAUUUCCUUGCUUUGUUUUUUUUUUCGUUUUUUUGUCAUUGUUGGUGAACGUGGAAGGGAUACGAUUAGUGUUGGUUCUUUCUUUUCUCUAGACCUC